CUUCAAAAUAUCUCGCGUCACUCUUUUCUACCUUUCUUCCCGUUGUAUAUAAUUCUCAUCUCAAUAGAUCCAACCUCCCCGAUCUUCCAUCGACACAUGUACAAUCGCACAUGAAUGUGCAUUUCAUACCACCUUGUCGUUGGCAAUGAUCACUCUUCAUCCACUGAAGCGCAAGGCCGAGAUCCUUUCUGCGCCUCUUGCGACUGGCGAAUCCUGGUUCAUCAUUGGCAUAUGUGCGGCGGCUCUUGCCAUCAUCUUCAACACACUCCGGAGUGAUGGUGAACCUCUACUCGCCCUUCUCGCGUUGAGCACACUCGGGUUUGCAGCUUCCUUCUGCUUAAUCAAAUGGCUAGGCCCUACAUUCGUUGCGAUUGGACUCUCUGGAGAAGAUAUGUCAAAACGCAGGAAGAAGAGGAUACCAGAAGGCAUGGGAGUGAUCAGUGGCCUAGUAUUCCUCAUGGUUUGCUGUGCGUUCCAGGCCUUCGGUCCAUACCUUCUUGAGAAGAACGUCACACGUAUUGUCGGAGACCAAAUCGUCACAACUAAAGUCGAAUUUGUGCCAAACACAAACGUCUUUUACAGGUUUCCACACGCAGAGUUGUCAACCUACAACGCCUCAAUCGUAUCAAUCCUCUUCACUCUGGUCCUUGGCUUUGUAGAUGAUGCAUCCGAUUUGAGAUGGCGGUACAAGAUCUUCAUACCAAUAUUUGCGAUCAUGCCAACCCAGGGAGCCUAUUUCGCUCGAGGUGGAGGGACCACAGCGGUGAUCCCCAUUCCCUUGCAGCCAUGGCUUGGAGGAACAAUUGAUUUAGGAAUAUUCUACUACGUUUUCAUGGUUGCAGUCGCCAUAUUCAUGACUAACAGUGUCAACAUUCUGGCUGGAGUUAAUGGAAUCGAGGUCUCCCAGUCCUUAGCCAUCGCAUUUCUUUUGGUUUUCAACGACGCACUCUACCUCUUUUGGCCAGAGAACAACCCUGGGAUUUACCCAAAUCCCACUAUCGAGGCACACCUCUUCUCAAUUUAUAUCUUGUUACCUUUCAUCGGUGUAUCUCUUGCACUGGCUUGGCAUAACUGGUUCCCAGCCACGGUCUUUGUGGGAGACUCAUACUGCUACUUUGCCGGCAUGGUGUUUGCUGUUGUUGGGAUUUUCGGUCAUUUCUCGAAGACCUUGCUUCUCUUGACGAUCCCCCAGUUGGCAAACUUUGUAUACAGUCUCCCACAGCUAGCAAAGAUUGUACCGUGCCCACGCCACCGGCUUCCUCACUUCAAUGCCCGGAGCGGCUUGAUGGAACCUUCUGUGACCGUUUGGCAAAAGCCCCCAAAAGCUUUUAUUGCAAUCGUUCUGAAAACACUAGGUCGAUUUCACCUUUUACGGGUCACGAAAGACGAAAAGGGGCAGAUCAUCGAAACUUCGAAUUUCACAAUUUUGAACUUAUGGUUGGUCUGGUUUGGACCUCGUAGGGAGGAUAGACUGGUGAUGGACAUCGUGGGAUUGCAGAUAGUUUGCGGGCUUCUAGGUUUGCUGGUCAGGCAUAAGUUCGCUGGGUUCAUAUUUGAGUUUGAUAAUCUGAUGACGGGUCGAGCAUUGGGAGUCAAGGUUUAGCCUUCUCUAUUGCCUGGAUCGAUCUCCAAUAGAAUUGCUGGUAUCUUAGCUGUUGAAGCCUUUGGAAGAUUUGAGCUUGAGCGACCGCCAUUUCUCGCGUGAAUAAGCUUAUGUUGCAGAAGAUUAGAAUCUGCACUGCUGCUACUUGAUGGUGGCUGCUGCUGACGUCGAUCUCUAGCCCAGAGGCAUGUCCAUAUAUGUUCGGGGCUUCUGAGAGAACUUUACAGAGAAUGGUGAUCACGGGUUGUAGCGGCUCUCAAUGUCCUAGAGCAGGUACAUUCAGUGUCGGUCUGGAAGGCGCAGAUUCUUGAUGAGAAAGGACAUGCGGUCUGGUUGGUAGGAUCAGUUCAGAAGCUACCAAAUAUAUCUUGAUAUGC